AGGAGGAGAAAAUCGCCUUCAGCCCCUUCUCUGCCGUCCGCCUCGUCCUCUUCUCCUGCGCCGCCACCCCACCCCCUCUAUCCAGCGGUGUCGCCUCUCCUUCCCGGGACUGGGACGGGGAUGGGGGGCCCGGGGGCGGCAAGUUCCGUUGGAUGGUGGCGGUCGUCGCCUCGGAGGGCGCAAGGGGAGGCGUGCUGCUCGCGUCACUCGCGGAGCUCUGCGAGGCGCUCUCGUUCUGCACGGAGGACGCCGGGGGCUACUUCCCCGUCGAGUCUGCCGCGUCGUGUGGCUGGCCGGCGCCGAGGUCGCCAGCCCCGACGAGAUGCUGCUCGCCGUGCGCGCCAUCACCUGCAGGUGGUUGGAUAUUAGUUAUGAAGGUUGUCCCUGGAUUUUUGCUCUAUCGAGGACUGCAUGAGCUUGGUCAAUAUGCAUUCUCUGGAAAUUCUAUGGGAGCCAGCCGUAAAGAAGGAAUUCCUACUGUAUCCUGUGGCAUUCUUAGUCAGAAUUUGUUAUUGCCAUCGGAAGGUGUACUACUUGACCAUGUAGGAUGCAAGGUGUCACGAUGAUUUGAUGAGGUAAGGUAAUCGUUGAGUCAUGUUGUCAAAUGCUAAUGGAUGGAAUUUCUAAUGUAUGGCUGGAACAACAAGUCGGUGAUGAUAUCGCGACGUCUUAUUUGAGAACUGUAGUCAUGGUUUACCACGCUGGACCUUGUGAAGAUUAUGCCUGUUCUUUGUUUAAGACUAAUUGUACACAUUCAUGUUGCAAAAAUUUCUCCGGUUUCUGUUUUCAAGGGUAUAGUAAUGCAGAAAUGGCUGAAUUUUACAAACUGUAGUACUUCUUGUGAGCAAGCAUUCAGUUCAAAAGCUGCCUAACAUGCUGGUAACUUGCUAAAUUAGGCAUAUACUAUUAUAAUUUUAGUUUCAUCUGAGAACUUCUCUUUAAGACAAUGGCAGUGAACAUUUGUUUCCGACAAUGACAGUGGAUAUCGUAUAUUUUGCUCUGUAAAAAUGAACUAUUGUGGUGUUGUUCACCUAUCAAUGUGCCAUGUUUUCUAUCUAAGAAUAUGCCACAUUUGUUAAAUAAACCAGAUCAUUAAAGUUAUGGACAACUAAAUACUUUUUAUAGAACUGAAAUAAUAUAUAGGCAACCAAACAACCUUCCCUUUCAAAAAAAGCCAAGCAAACAUCUGGGUAACUUCCUGGCGCGGCGGAGCGCCCUUGCCCACUAGUACAUAUUAUGAACCCUCAACUCAUACAAUUUCGAGAAAACAUGAACUUGAUAUAUAAUGCAUUGACAUUCUUCAAAGUAUGGUAUAUUUAUUUGGAAAGAAUGAUAUUUUCUCAAGGAAGAAACGGCCUUAAAUCCCUUAUGAUAAGCAUGCGGUUGAUCUGGGUGCAACUCAUGUGCACCGGCAUAAUUGGGUGUAGCAUGUUUUGUUAGAUCCAUUCUUAAGAAAAUGCAUUAUUCUUGAAAGGCGGCACGCUCACUGCAGCUUGACCAUGUCAUCCCUGCCAAUGCCGAUUAGCUCAGCCUUGGUGGCGGUGGGCUCCUGGACCACCUCAAGCAGGCGCCUGCUGCGGCGGCCGACAUGUGAGGGGCAAAUUAUAUUUCAGUGAUACAAAUGGUUGAUGUUAGUUUUGGUAUAUGUGGUCAAGAAGGUUGUCAAGUAGUGAUGGCCUCAGAUUUGUUAUGGGGCAGUUUUUUUUAAUAGAUCGCUUCUUGUGCACAAGCACUGGAACCAUCGGUCUAUGACAUACAUGAUUCUCUAUAACUUCUACCAUAAUGCUUUCUUUGUGUUAAUGCUCUUCUGGUAUGUAUUCCUCCUCUGUGUGUUUCUCAUAUGAUGUAAGCUAAGUAUAUCUGUGUUACCUUUGUUACUUGUCACCUACAAUUUGACUAUCCAAAUGUAUGAAUAUACGGAAGCAUCAUCCCACACUCCCUUUUGGCCUUUUUGGACCUCUUGUAAUGUACGCUGGUCUAAUUAAGUUCUUAAUGAAUUGAUUUAGGCACACUACAUAUUAUGUAACUCUUGUGCUGAUAGAUUAGAGUACUGCUUUCUAUUCCAUUAUCUGCACAUCAGUUCCCACAGUAGUGGUUGAUAUUCUAAAGGACUUACUCAUAAUAUUCAUAAUACCCUUCUUUAUUGUCUGAGACUAUUGAGGCAAAGCUUCAAAAUGAGGGCUACAACAUGACACUCUUCUGAAACAUAAUGGUAGAUACCUCGUAACAAAGCCUUGUCCUUUUAUGUGUACAUUUCUUCACAUAUAAUAUCAGUACGAUGGACAUUUGGAGUAUGGGAUUCUUGAUACGUCACCAUUUGACAAAAAGAAUUAGAAUAUGUGAUAUCGGUAAUGUAAGCCUUUUAAUAUUUAGCACUUACAUAUUCGUACGUGUUUUCUCACUAAUAUUUGAAUGCAUGUACCUUUGCGUUUUGCAGGUUCACCUGAUUAUUUGAGUUAACCUGAUUAUUGUCGCAAGCUGUGUCAGAUGUUCUACGAGAUGGUCCGGUGGUCCUGUUUAGUUCUGUUUCAUGUAGCAGUCUUCUUUGUUAGUAAUGUUCCAUGUUUCUGUUUACAUGUACGUUCAUUAAUUAUCCCGUUUGAACCCCCUUAAUUAGUAAGGUGAGCUCACAAGCUUGGGUCCUAAACCACAAGAACUCGAGAAAGUCAUCAUACAUUCCUUCUGCAGGACAAUAGCAACCUCGGAUACAAGUACCUGCGAUGGUUUCUAUGUUCUUAGGAGACAUGCUGAAUACUGUCUUCCUCCGACGGUUAGCAUUGAAAGCACUUUUUGACUCCACUUGAUGUCUACAAAAUUUCUGGCUUAUUGAAUGGUAUGGUUACUUGCAAGACAUGUCGCAGAAUCCACAUAGAACCGGGUGGCAUUUUCCUCACAUUUCAUGGUGAUUUUAAUUUGAGCAUUCAGCUUGAAUACCCUUUAAACUUUCCGUCGUUGUGCUCUUAUUGUUUUGGUGUAGCACUUCAUGUCACAAUUGAAUGUUGAAUUCUUACCACUGUAGAAACUUCAACAUAUACUUAUUCAUUAGAUAAUGAGUAUGUCUGAGCUCUCUUUGUCUUUC